AUGACAGGUGAGACGAUACGUGCCGUGCGUAAGGAGCACUACAAAGGCAACAAAAAUGCCCAAGCCGAGUCCUUUGACGAGACCUCGAACGGAACCAUCCCUAACGGCACCGCUCACCAAUUUAAAUCCAACAAGGCUUUCUUAAAAUCUGUCAAACCGUCGACACUGCACCAGCACCAGCAGCUGAAUGCAAACAACCUGAACGGCAACGCAUCCAUCAGCACGAUUGUCAACGACGAUAAUAAGAAUCCGAUCAUCCUCACUAACGAGGACUUCCCCGUGCACGAGUGCGUUUUCAAAGGGGAUGUUCGACGACUCUCCUCCCUCAUCAGGACCCACAGCAUCUCUCAGAAAGACGUGCACGGCAAUACGCCACUUCAUCUGGCUGUCAUGCUAGGCCACAAAGAAUGUGCCCUUCUUCUUCUGGCCCACAAUGCACCUGUGAAAAUGAAGAAUGCACAGGGAUGGAGUCCUCUGGCAGAAGCUAUCAGCUAUGGUGACAGACAAAUGAUAACGGCAAUACUGCGCAAACUGAAGCAGCAAUCUCGCGAGAGCGUCGAAGACAAAAGGCCAAAGUUACUGAAAGCCCUCAGGGAGCUUGGCGACUUUUAUUUGGAGCUGCAUUGGGAUUUUCAAAGCUGGGUGCCUCUUCUGUCCCGGAUGCUUCCCUCAGAUACUUGUAAAAUCUACAAGCAAGGCAUCAAUAUCAGGUUGGAUACCACCCUCAUUGACUUCAUCGAUAUGAAGUGUCAGCGCGGUGACCUCAGCUUCAUCUUCAAUGGUGACGCACUGCCCUCACAGUCCUUUGUGGUCCUGGACAACGAGGCCAAAGUGUACCAAAGAAUACAUCACGAGGAGUCUGAGAUGGAGACUGAGGAGGAGGUGGACAUUUUGAUGAGCAGCGACGUCUACUCGGCCACCUUGUCCACAAAGUCCAUCACCUUCUCCCGCACUCAGAGCGGCUGGCUCUUCAGGGAGGACAAAACUGAGCGGGUGGGCAACUUUUUGGCGGACUUCUACGCCGUCAAUGGUCUGGUGCUGGAGUCCAGGAAGCGGCGAGAGCACUUGAGUGAAGAGGACAUCCUCAGGAACAAAGCCAUCAUGGAGAGCCUUAGCAAAGGCGGCAGCAUCAGCGAGCACAACUUUGAGUCCGUGAGGAGGCAGUCCCUCUCGGCGCCAGCCCCCAACACUAUUUCCUGGGAGGAGUACAUCGCAGCCGAGCAUGGAAAGCCUCCCCAUGUGGGCAGAGAGCUGGUGUGCAAGGAGAACAAAAAGCACUUCAAGGCCACUGUAGCCAUGAGCCAGGAUUUCCCUCUUGGAAUCGAAUCCUUACUGAACGUGCUGGAGGUGGUGGCUCCGUUCAAGCAUUUCAACAAGCUGCGGGAGUUCGUCCAGAUGAAGCUGCCUCCCGGUUUUCCCGUCAAACUCGACAUCCCCGUGUUCCCGACCAUCACGGCCACCGUCACCUUCCAGGAGUUCCACCACGAGCAGUUUGAGGGCUCUCUCUUCGUCAUCCCGCCCGACUUCAAAGAAGACCCCAGCCGCUUCCCGGACCUCUGA